AACCUUAUUUAUUGUUAACCUUUUAGCUGAUAACGAUAAUGGUUUUUGACAGGCUUAUGUUUUAUGUUAUAAUUAUAAAGAUGAGAGAAUUUGAUGCAGUAUAAUUUAAUUUAGUGAAGAGAAGUUAUUUUUAUCGCAUGAAAGAAUGGUUGAAUGAAGAAUGGACACAGUUUUGAUUUUUGUACCAGACAUCAGAAAAGACUUUUCCGGCUACCUCUAUGGAGUCUAUUGUGAAUCAGAUUCAAAAUCAUGCAGGGCGUUUUACAUCCUCGGCAUGUAUUCUUGUCUUGAGCAGAGCCCAGAACCUGAUCUGGAAAGCUACAGCCUGAUCGGAAGCAGCUGCGGUGUCAAUGGGCGGUUUUUCUUAGACCUGAGACGGGAAAACUGGGUCUUGUUGAACCAUCUCAAUGCCGAUACCCUCGUCCACAAGGUUUACAUCAACCACGAAGACUGCCCACUGAACCAGUGUCAUGUUAUUCGCUACAGUCCUGAUCUUCUCUAUGAUUCAGAACUGCUUCUGGCCAGAUCCCCUGAUAAAGAAUUUGACGGCGACUACUUCAAAACUCUAGUCCACUUUUUGAAUGUUAAAAAGUCAAAAGUUACAAAGCAUAAGCCGAGUGUAAUCACUCUAUUGGCAGCUUCUAUACUCCAGUUUAUAGUUUAUUGGCUUACCAAAGGUUACCAUAUAACACAGCUCUCAUCUGUCGGUCUUCACCUUCUUGAAAGGUCAAAAAAUCUUAAAUGGCUCAUUGAAAGCUAUUACAUUCCUGACACGUUAAAGCUUCAGCGAGGAAAUUUCAUCAUGUCCAUUCUAUUUGACAUGCCCCUUGGAUUCUUCAUAACCAUGGCACUCUCAAAAUGGGGUACUGAACACGAGAUCUUCCAUUCGAUAGCCACAGUAUCUGAGGAGCUUGUAGAUUCAAUCAGUGUCACACUGAAAUGGAUAAUGGGGAGUCCAGGAGGGCUGAAGCUCAACUAUCCUUUGAAUUUUAUCCUUGGGACCUUCUUUCUCUAUCACAUGUAUUUGUGGUGGAUUUUUCUUGGGCUUAUCAGGCCUCUUUUGGAAUUGGCAUUUUUACUUUUUCUCAAAAUGGGCUUUCUAGGUUGCUCCUUCCAGAUCGCUUUACUUGCUGAUAUAUUUUCCCUAGUGUCAUUUCAUCUCUACAGCAUAUACGUCUAUGCAGCGAAGCUUUUCAGUUUCCAAUUCAAACAGCUUUGUUCAUUAUCAGCAAUAUUUUUCGGACGUAAACGAAAUCCUGAGCCGGGCAAGGUCGACUCCUUUCCUUACAACAACGAACAGCUUUUUGUCGCUACUGUCUGUUUUACAGUACUCCUUUUCCUCUUGCCCACUACACUGGUCUACUACAUUAUUUUCACCCUGCUUCGGUUGGGCAUUGUGAUGAUUGGUGGACUGUUAACAAGAGCAAGAUACUUACUUGAAAUCUCACCAAUUUACUGCACUUUCAUCUGGUUCUUUAAGCCAAGAAAAGUCUCAAUGACAAUAAGACUUUUGCCAGUGAAAGGACUUUCGAACUCUGGAUCUGUUACACUAAUUGCAGAAGCAGUACCAGGGUCUUGGUUUGAAUGUGCUUUGAGGUGUACACCAACGGUUAUUUCGAAGCCCAAACCAGUUCAAUGGACAAAAAUUGGAAAGAGCUUGCUAAAUGGAAACAUUAUUUAUCAGAUUUGAACUGAUUUAAAAAAAGACUGAAUUUGGUAUAUAUUUGUACAUUCUAUAAUCUUUGUAAGAAAAAAUCAAUUAGAAACAGAUUUGUUGUUGUUAUA